AUGCAUGAUCAAUUCGAGUGGGACCGUGAACGUGGUACAUUCUCAGACGUUGCGUCGGCAUCGUCAGUGAGUUUCGCCACUCUUAGCACCACACUACAACUCGUCAAAGAGACAAGUGGAGCCGAUCCUUUGACCAAACAUGUGCUAAACAAUUGUUGUAUCAUUCCUCCUGCCCUGGGCUAUUCACAUUUUCUAUAUCCUCCUAUCAUGCCUUCACUGUUACAAUUUUACCGUGCUUAUUUAGAUGUAGUGUCGUGUGCUCCUUUGAGCGCCGUUCAUGAAAACCCUCCACACUCCGCACUAAGGUUUCCACCUCCCCUUUACCCUUGUUCUGGGAAUGUUGACCAGAGUCUGCCAUAUUGUUAUGCCGUCCUCCUGCCCUAG